AAAGAACGCGGCAGUGAGGCUAGCUCUUUCGGCGUCCGAUCACCGUGUGCAACCCUGUCCAUGAGCAGCUCAAGCAAAUUACUCUAAAGUCAACCAAAGAUGAUAAAGUUUGGCAGUAGGAGUAACCUAGAGGGAGAGUUUCAGUGUAAAAUCAGCCUUCUAGACGAUACGGAAUUGACAUGCGAUUUUAAGCGAGACGUGAAGGGUCAGGCAGUCUUUGAUGAAGUUUGCAAAACCCUUGAUUUGCUGGAGAAAGAUUAUUUUGGUCUUCGCUUUGUUGAUGAUGCUAAACAACGGCAUUGGCUUGAUCUUAAUAAGAGUGUUAUCAGACAGAUGAAGACUCUGAAGCCUCCCUACAAGUUGUUUUUCAGGGUGAAGUUUUAUGCUGUGGAUCCAAGUACUCUCCACGAGGAAAUAACCAGGUAUCAGUUUUUCCUUCAAGUGAAAAGGGAUAUUCUGCAUGGCAGACUCCUUUGCUCAUUUAAUGAUUUGGUUGAACUGGGAGCAUUCAUUGUGCAAGGUGAGAUAGGGGAUUAUGAUCCAGAUGAGCAUGGUGACUCCUAUGUAUCUGAGUUCCGCAUUGUUCCAAAACAGUCAGAAAAGCUUGAGAAGAAGAUUAUGGAAAUUCACAAGCAGCUUGCUGGCCAAGUACCUGCUGUGGCUGAGAAGAACUUUCUUGACAAAGUCAAGGCUCUUGAUAUGUAUGGAGUGGAUCCUCACCCAUGCAAGGAUCAAGAUAAUGUUCAACUCUACCUUGGUCUCACUCCAGGAGGAAUUGCCAUCAUCAGAGAAGGAAAGAAAGUGUCAGGAUUUGUUUGGAGUGAAGUUGUAAAGUGCACCUAUGAGAACAAAGUCUUUUAUGUGCAGGUUCAAAAGGAUGAUCGCAAGGCCAACUAUGGCUUCAGACUCCCUGAUCCUUUGGCAUGCAAGCAUUUAUGGAAAUGUGCUAUAGAACAUCUUGCAUUUUACAGUCAUUCAGAGACUCCAGUAGUAAAGCCCAAACGAAAGGCAAUUUCACCUCAGAGGCUUUUUAGAAGAUCAAAGCAUAAGUACAUCGGGCCUACUCAAGACCAGCUGAUCGCAGAAAGUGAGAAGAUCAGUCGUCCAGAGCCACUGAUCAAGAGGGCACCAAGUGUAAGGAUCUCCCGGCGGAUAAAAGUUCCCUCGGAUAGCAUCUCGGAAAGUACCGGAGUACUGAAUAUCACCAACUCUCCCAACGGCCAAGUUGGUGGAGACAUCACUCCGAAUGAAGAGACUGAAUUAAAGAGGUUCGAAACUUCAGUUUUUCCCCCCAGUCCUCCGCCUGACGAGAGUAUUACGUCUUUUGAGAUGCCUGACGGUCCGCCAGCAACGAAUCACGUCGGCCCUGACGUCAGCCCUUCUAAUGAGGCCAACAAUAAGAGUGCACCUCCAAGUCCCGCAGAAGUGGAGAAUUAUGGCUUUAAGAUGUUUAUUUUCAUUAUGUUCAUUCUAGCGUUGAUAAUGAUUCCCAUUGCCAUCGUUUGGGAAACUAGAAAGAGCUACAUCAAGUCUACAGAUGCAUAUAAGGGACUUGCUAAAUGGGUCUUCAGAUCUUUUGGUUACAAAAUCUAACGGGUAACUAGAUACUGAGAAUUUUUAAUCAAUAGCCAAGGUACAAUUCUAGCAAUUCAUCGUCAAGCAUUGUCGUUGAAAAGUUCUUCGUAUUAGUUAGUCAACCAUUCAUCCAUUUUGUGUUUUAUUAGUUAGAUGGGUUUUUUUCUUGACUUGGUGAAGUCGGUCAGUUGAAAUUCCGUUCGUAAAAGAGAAAAUUAAGAUUUUUUGGGAGGUGGCAGUUUUUCCACUUUGUUCGGGAAGAGAUUCGAAGUUAAUUCAUAAUUAUAUGCAGCAACAAUCUGAUCGGAAUGAAAAAGUGUUUUCAUAACUCUUGUCUAUUAGAGAAUUAAUGAUAUUUCUUUGAGUGACCUGGAUAACAAAAACUCAUUUGUAGGAAGUUUUCAUAAACAACCCUGCUCUGUGAAAGAAACAGAGGAUCUUAAGCUUAAAAGAGAGUUCGGUAAAAAGACAAAGCAGGAACUCUGUAUUCCUUCAAUAAGCAAGCACGUGACUGGCUAGGGAUGGUAGAAUCAGAAAACGAGACUGUUAAGCGUUUGCGUGACUCGUGCAUCGGAGACAACAUUUUCCCUCUAAAUGCUUUAUUGGCUUAUCAGCGGUUAUCAUAACAACUGUCGUCAUGUUUUCUGGUUGUAAUCUAUCCCCUGGGGGGUGGGGCUGGAGGAUUUUAAAUUUGUCGAUAAAAUUUACUUGAUCCCCCCCUUAGACUCUGUAGUAUUCUGAUGAUCCCCCACCUUAAUUGGUAUUCAAUUCUCUAUAGGCCUUCCCUUAUGCUCUGUUAGCGACGACUGAUCCACGCCUGUCCCCCCUGAAAACCAUGUGAUCUCCAAGUAACUCCGACUAAACCUCCCCCCCUCUACCCUUAGCGAAGAAUCAUUGAUUGGUCCCACGGACAACAUUUGCUGGCUCAUGUAAUAUUUUGGCGUCAUACGUGAUAUGGGAACAUAAUUCAAACGUGGUCGAGGUGUCUUAACUUAAAUAUCAUCAGUUGUAAUUAUUAUUUGUAAUGUGAUAGAUUUGUUAGGUUGAGGGGAUUGCACCUCUGCAAGGGGUAUUUAAGACAUAAAUUUUGAAUGUUUUCUAGUUCAAUAAGUAGAGCGAAGCGCUAAUGUAAAAUAAGUAGAGGCCAGGUAUGUAAUAUUGUUGUGUAGGUAUGAAUUUGUCGUAAAGUCAUAGGUUUCUCAGUGUAUUGGCCAAUUUAAGCCAAACGGUCACUUAUUUGCAGAAGCAAGUGUGUCGGUAAAUUUUUGUCGAAAUUUACGGAAAAGGUUAUUUUUGUUUCUAGCCAAUCAAGAAGUAGAAUGACCAUUCGACAUAUUUCCAGAGGACGUUUCUCAGUGGUGGUGCCACAGGAAUACCACGCGAUUCCGAGUAACAUGUCUAUUAGUGACUGUAAGCCCAGUCCAUUUUCGGAGACAAAGCCCAAUUGAUUUCUUGUUUCUCCGACUUGACUUGAAUAGACAGGAAUCCUGUUUGCAUCGAUGUAGAAGCACCUCACGUUUUCUUUUACAUGUGACGUGGCCGAUACACGGUUUAAAACAAACUUUGAACAGUCGUAUGAGCCUUAUGAUUUUUUUUAGGUAGGCAAACGUACACAGGCUCGCUGAAAUGUAUUUUCUUAGCAUUGUCUGUCAUUUGCUUAUUAAAAAUGUUAAUGUGAUCGUGAGGGAAUUCUUUGGUGGAAACAUUCCAUAAGGGGUCAGUCUUAGAAAGGUUAGGUUGUUCAAGCUCUAUAUUGCUGUAGGAUUUUGAAAUAAACUUCGCCAACUUUCAUUGUAAAGCAUGUGGUUGACAUUAAAACUUCAGUUGUGAGUCAAAAA